GAGGAGGAGAAAUAAAUAAAGAAACUGAACAGCGCGGCGGGCUAUAAAAGCGAAACUCAGCCUCCGAAUUCAAUUCAGACGCGCACAAUCAAGCGAGUGAUAAAUACUUCAUAUUAAGUGUGAAACCUUUGAGCAACAGAAACUUUGAACAAGUAGAAGCCCCACAAAUUUGCCGGCAGCUUGCAUAACUCGAAUAAGAAAUCCAAACAAAAUGCAAUCCAUUUCGAAGUCAGCGCGAGUCCUUCCCCAAGUGGGCAAGCAAGUGAGCUAUCUAUCCACGAGUGGAGCCUGGAAGGCGGCAGCUGGAAACGGCGACAUGGUGGUGGAGAUCAAGGAGCCGAAGACCCGCACGGAGAAGCUGAUGGCCUUCCAGAAGAAGCUGCGCGCCAAAACGCCGCUGGGCAAGUUGGACGAGUUCUCCCGCCAUCCCUACCAGGAGAAGGAGCCCCUGAAGCCCUGGCCCAACCAGACGAACCCCUACACGGGUGAGAUCGGAGGACCCGCCGGACCGGAGCCCACGAGAUACGGCGACUGGGAGCGCAAGGGUCGCGUCUCCGAUUUCUAGUCCCCAAAGAGUUCCUUAGCUAGUACUUAGGCUGUUAUUUAAAUGCUAACAAUUAAGACUUGAAAAAAAAAAAAAACAAAAAUGUAUACUUGAGAAAUAAUACUUAUUCUAUAGUGAAACAAAAAAUAUAUUAUAUUUUUAAAGCUAA